CAGCUAUGAGGAAAGAUUAGAGGAACUGAAUUUAUCUUCUCUUGAGAAGAGGAGAUUAAGGGGGAUAUGAUCAACAUGCCCAUGAGCAGGGGCGGACUGACAACUCAUGGGGCCCCCGGGCAAUAGGGAAUCAUGGGGCCCGUGUCCUUGCCCAAACUCAAAAAAGCCUAUGAAAAAGGUAUCAUGGGCAUAUCAUGGGGCCCCCUACUGACCCCGGGCCCUCGGGCGGUGCCUGAGUUUCCAAAUGGUCAGUCCGCCCCU